UAUUGUAUAUAGAUACGACCCUCGGUAGCCAUGUUAACAACUGUGAAACGUAUGAAAGUAAUCUAUGAUUCCAUUAUCGAGGACAACACAUUCUCUAGCGGAGAUGUCAUUACGGGACGAGUAAUUCUGGAAGUUUCAAAAGAAGCCAAGAUUAAUUCACUCUCAGUCAAAGCUAAGGGAGAAGCACAUGUUCACUGGACAGAAGGGAGUGGUGAUGAUGAACGACAUUACUCUGCUAAUGAAAGAUAUUUCAAGCUGAAACAAUUCAUCAUACAGUCUCAAAAGGGUGACGGUAAGACGUCCACACAUAGAAUUUUCAAAGAGGUCGGAGAGACCAUUCCCUCUUCUACGCAACAGACCAUAACCAAAGAGUUGUGCAUCCCUCCAGAUCUGCAACCUUCGAUCCUGAACUGUUCUAUAAUGAAAGUGGAAUACAUUUUAAAGGUAUAUCUGGAUGUUCCCUAUGCCAGAGAUCCAGAAAUCAUUCUUCCAUUGGUUAUUUUUCCUCUCAGUGCAACCCUGUCCGAUCCCAGCUUCAACCUACUGGGUGCGCAAAGAGCCAGCUGGGAGCGGAUUCCAUGA